UGUGUUUUUAUUGGGCCGUUUCCUUAUCAAGUCUUGUCACUGUCUCAAACACUGGUCGUUUUGGGUUGGUUUCGGGACUUUUUUAUUGUCCGAAGAAAGACAGUUUUCUUUCUCUAUACUGUGACUGUGUAGUUUAAGAUCUGUUUGCACUAUGUGGCUUCUUCUAGCGGGAGUUGUGCUUCUGUGGCGUGCCUCAGAUGCUUAUCUACUUGGUGGCAGAACAGUUCCUGAUUUUGGAAAUAAGUAUCAUGUGAAAGGUGUUAUCUCUUUGCCUUAUGCUGAGAUAAAGGAACCAUUUGAAGCUUGGUAUGACCUCAAGGGGAACAGAAGUCGGAUUGACUAUUACCACGGUCAGGUGAGCACUUUUCAGAUUGGAACAGACUUGGACUAUGGUGCCAGCUACAAGAUCACACCAGUUACCACUGAGACAGAAUUCAAUACCAUGAAGUGUUUCCAGCUCAAUGGCACCAAGGAGCUUCCAGUUCUUCCACAGAUAGCACUGCCUGAUCUGCAGGGCUUUGAGUUUGAGAAGAUGGAAUAUUAUGCAGGUGUUCUGUGUGAGGUCUGGAAAAAUGUCACAGUAGUUGGCCAUAAAAAGAGCACAUAUCGUCUGUGGGUAACACGCCCGGAGGAAAGAGAUUCCCCAGCCACGCCCUGCCACUAUGAAAUGAUGGGCUUCAACACUCUUUUGGGCUCCCACUUCGACAAAUACCUCAUCGACUACAGUGACUACAGCUCCCAAAUGGACCCUGACAUUUUCAAACUACCUGAAGGAAUGACCUGUGGUGCAUAUCCUGGUCCUGGUUUGGAGCAUUGGCUUUUGGCAAACCCCAUUCAAGAUCUGGUCAGCACCUCUCCUGUUGGCCAUGCACAUCGUAUGUUUGGCCACUUUAAAAAAAAGUAUGAUCGUCAAUAUGACAGCGAGAAGGAGCAUGAAGAGCGUGAGCACAACUUUGUGCAUAAUAUUCGGUAUGUUCACUCUAUGAACAGAGCUGGUCUUUCGUUCUCCCUCUCUUUGAAUCACCUGGCUGAUCGAUCAGAGGCAGAGAUGGCUGUGAUGAGAGGAAUGAAAGGGAGACGGACUCACAGAAAGGCUCAAGCUUUUCCUUCUGAUCUUCACUCUAUUGCCACCCCUGAUUCAGUGGACUGGAGGCUGUAUGGUGCUGUGACGCCAGUGAAAGAUCAGGCUGUGUGUGGAUCCUGCUGGAGCUUUGCCACCACUGGAACACUAGAGGGAGCACUUUUCCUAAAGACAGGACAGCUGGUAUCCUUGUCCCAGCAGAUGCUGGUGGACUGUACCUGGGGAUUUGGGAAUAAUGGUUGUGACGGAGGAGAGGAGUGGAGAGCUUUUGAGUGGAUGAUGAAACAUGGUGGUAUUUCUACUGCAGAGAGCUAUGGUGCUUAUAUGGGCAUGAAUGGUUUGUGCCAUUACGAUAAGUCCUCCAUGGUGGCGAAUGUAAGAAGUUACACUAACGUGACCAGCGGUGAUAUUGUUGCACUGAAGGUUGCACUCUCUAAAUUCGGCCCUGUUGCAGUCAGCAUUGAUGCUGCUCACCGUUCCUUCGCCUUUUACAGCAAUGGAGUCUACUAUGAACCAGCAUGCAAAAAUGCGACGGAUGACUUAGACCAUGCUGUGCUGGCAGUUGGUUAUGGGAUACUGGAUGACCAGCCCUACUGGCUAGUGAAGAACUCUUGGUCGACUUACUGGGGCAAUGAUGGUUAUAUACUGAUGUCCAUGAAAGACAACAACUGUGGUGUGGCCACUGAUGCUACUUAUGUCACAUUAGCCUAAUACACACACACACACACACACACACACACACACACAC